CUGGCCGCUGAUUGGCUGCUCUGCCAGGAAGUGAUGGCUGCGGUCAUGUGAUGUGAGGAUCGGUGUGGAGGAUGGAGGGUCUGGGGCUCCUGUCUAGGCUGCCUAUAGAGCAAUGUCCGGAGUUCCUUCACAAAGUUGUUGAUGGAAUUUGUGGCCGGUCAUAUCCUCGAUUUAAAGAUUAUGGCAACGUCUGGAACCUGAGAGAAUGGCUGCAAGUUUUAGAAGAUACAAAAGCAUUCAUUAAAGCCGUUGUUGGUAAAGAUGAACCUCAAGAGAAGCUGGAUAAUCAUCUAAAUGGACUAACUGCAGAGCAUCGAGGGGUAAUAAUAACAUGUAUAAAGGGCAGAAAACCUGAAAUAAGAGAUGCCCUCCUGCAGAAAGUUUGUGGCAUGUCCUCAUCAUACCUACAAGACUUUGAUUGGCAGCUCAAGCUUGCCAUGUCAAGUGAUAAGCUAUCCACAUUGCAAAUGCCACUUGUGAACCUGGACCUGGAUAUUGUCAAAAAUAGAACAAUGACACCGAUUUCCAUUGAGCUGAAUAAAGAGGAGCUGCAAAAUCUUAUCAAUUCUUUAGAGGCAGCUAAUAAGGUUGUCCUACAACUGAAGUAACUGAAGACCAUUUUCUUAUUCUUGAACAAUAUGGAUGUCCCUACCUAACAGCCUCAGAAAAUUAGGCAUAAGAUAUAAUUGUUUAUGUAAGGUGGCCACCAUGCUCAUGAUAUAUGUUGAGUUGUGCCAUAUGCUGCUGGUAAUGAAGUCAGUUGUUUAAAAAAAAAUGUGUUUUGGCACAGACUUUUGACUAGUUUUUGGUUUAACCAUUGGUGGUAUCAUUUCAUAGUAUUUUCUUGUUUAUAACCUAUGUAGCUAAUUUUAUACAUGGAAAAUUUAUAUUUUUUGUAUUCGGUUCAUAGCUUCAAUAACCUGUUCUAUUUUUUUUCAUACUGAAGUUUGUGUUUCAUGUGGUUUAAGUGCAAGAAAAUGUAAGUUUUAUAUUUGAAAUUGCAGCGUUUUUUUUUUGCCAGAAUCUCAUAAAAAUAUAAUAUGUCUUUAACAAAAAGGUAAAUUAUGUGAAAUUAUAAUCUGGAUAUUACUUUUACAGUUAUUUCAAGCUCUGGUAUUCAAGUAGGGUGCAAUAAAAUACAUUUUCAAUACACUGUAUUACA